CGGCAGACGAAAUACGGCUACGAAUUUCGACCGGCGUACUAACGUUUCUGCCAGCUCGCCGCCUAAAAAAGUCUGAUGCUCUACCGAUUGAGCUAUGCGGAGCUAGUCUAGAAACAGCUGCAAGAGUCUGUAUGCUCGUAUUUUCUAUCCAAAUUAAAUGUCCUUUUUAAGUGAUGUCAAACGUUUUAUUUUAAAACUAUAGCUUCUCUUAACUUUAUCCACAAUUACUAACGUAUAUACAAGUCUUGUCUACAAUAUGUGUCACCUUAAGAUAUCCCAGGCAGCAAUAAACAUCCCAGGUGUUGUAUAGAAAAUAUAUCUACAUUGCAUGUUUUCUCCGCUUGUAAAGAGAGUCCCAUGGUUUAAAUAUCAUAAUCCAAGAAAUUGAACCAUAAUACAGUAUAACUACAGACAAUAGUUUUGAAGAAUUUAUUCAGAGUUAAUAUGGAGGAUUGUAAAGACUCGAACACUUUUAAUAUAGAUUCAGUUAAACAGACAUCUGGCAAUGAGAAACGAACAUCCCCUUGUAAGAAAACUUUAUCGCGUAAAGAAAAAUCGUCAAAGCGGAAUCUUUAUUGUGAAAUAUGUGGAAAAUCUUUUACGUACAAUUUUUGCCUUGUUAUUCACAAACGGACCCACACGGGGGAAAAACCCUUCCACUGUGAUGUGUGUGGAAAAUCAUUUGCAGAUAAAAGUUGCUUACCGAGUCACAAGAGGGUUCACACGGGAGAGAAACCUUACCGUUGUGACACAUGCGGGAAGUCUUUUGCUAGGAAUACUGCCUUGAAAAUUCACAAGGCAAUUCACACCGGAGAAAAACCAUUCCAGUGUAACAUGUGUGGAGAAUCUUUCAGCACCACCAAGUCCGUUCGAGUUCACAAGAGAAAACACAUCGAAGGAAGUCUCUAUAAUUGCCAGAUCUGCGGACAGUCUUUUCUGAUGAAGUCUCAUCUCGCUAAACACAAAACGGUACACACGGGAGAAAAACGAUUCCACUGCGAGAUCUGCGGAAUGUCGUUCGCCAUUAAGGGUUCUUUGACGAGUCACAAACGAGUCCACACGGGGGAAAAACCCUUCUUUUGCGAAACCUGUGAGAAAUAUUUCUACUGUAAGAGUAAUUUAACCAGGCACAAGCUGCAACAUAUUGGGGAAAAGGCCUUUCAUUGUGAUGUAUGUGCAAAAUCUUAUUUUAAUAAUUGUGAUUUAAAAAGACACAAAAGGAUUCAUGAUGGGGAAAAGACGUUUCACUGUGAAAUCUGUGGUAAAUCUUUUUUUGAUAAUUGUAAUCUUAUUGCCCACAUUCGUAGCCACACUGGAGAAAGGCCCUAUCAUUGUGAUGUCUGUGAGAAAUCGUUUACUUAUAAAAGCCACUUGAAUACACAUAAACAAAAGCACGCUGGGGAUAGUCCCCUACUGUUGUGAAGUCUGUGGGAAAUCCUUCUUCGAUAAUUCCGAUCUUAUUGUUCAUAUUCGUAGUCAUACAGGAGAAAGGCCUUAUCAUUGUGACACAUGUAGGAAAUCUUUCUUCCGUAGCAGUAGUUUAAGAAGACACAAACUACAACACAUUGGGGAAAAAGCCUUCCAUUGUGAAACAUGUGGCAAGUCUUACUUUAAUGAUUAUAAUUUAAAAAGACACAAAUGGGAACAUUUUGGAGAUAAGACAUUCCACUGUGAAAUCUGUGGAAAAUCCUACUUCGAUAAUUCCGAUCUUAUUGUUCACAUUCGUAGCCACACUGGAGAAAGGCCGUAUCAUUGUGACACCUGUGAGAAAUCAUUUACCUGUAAAAAUGACUUAAAUAAACAUAAACGAAGACACACAGGUGAAAAACCUAAUUGUUGAAUCUGUGGGGAAUCAUUUGUGUGUCAUAGUAAUUAGAACAAACACACACAACGGAGACAAUAUUGAAAUGGUUUGUUUGAAGAAUUCUCUAGAAAUGGAAGCAGAAAGAACAAAUUACUGAGAAAUUUAUGUAAAAAUUUGUGAUAAAAUAUUUGCAUUUUUCUCUUA